AUGGCUUCUAUAGCAAAUCUACAGCGCAUAUCCGCCGCGAAGUUGUCUGGGCUUCUUCUGGCCGAGCAGAGCGGCGACCCCACCAUUGCUGUCAUCGACGUGCGAGAUGACGAUCAUAUCGGCGGUCACAUCAAAGGCUCUAUGCACGUCCCUUCCCGCACGCUCGAUGCCAUGCUCCCGACCAUCAUCCGCAAGCUUCAAGACAAGAAGACAAUUGUCUUCCACUGUGCCUUGUCUCAGCAGCGUGGCCCUGGCGCCGCCUUACGGUAUCUUCGCGAACGAGACCACAUUCUGGGCAACAAACAAAAGUCAACCACGGAUAAGGAUGGGGCCGAUCCCGUCGAGCAAAGAGUCUAUGUCCUUGACCGGGGCUUUGUUGGCUGGCAAGAGGUAUACGGCAAGGAUGAAAGAUUGACCGAAGGAUAUCGCAAGGACUUGUGGGAAGACGGUUACUGGGGCUGA